UAUAAGAAGUAUGGGAAAGGGAAUGAUGGCUUUGAUGAAAAUGAAGAAAAGAAGAUUGCAUAAAGAUGAGGAUGGACAGUUAUUGAUUGGAUCUCAAACACUCCUUGACACUCUCGGUGGUUUUAAUAUGAGUGAAGGGGAUUUCUGUCUUAAUGAAGAGGAGGACACAUCGUCUGAUAGUGGAUAUGAUGUCCCCAGAAUGUCAAGAAUUUAUGCAAGUAAACCAGCAAUGGAUCCAGCAUCUCUCAAACCACAAGAUUUCCAGAUUUCCAUCACAGUAAUAGAAGCACGACAGUUAGCAGGACUCAACAUUGAUCCUUUGGUAUGUGUUGUUGUCGGUGAUCAAAAGAAAUACACAAGCGUCAAACAUUCAACAAAUUGUCCCUACUUCAAUGAGUAUUUUGUCUUUGAUUUUCAUGUUGCCCCAGCAAUGUUGUUUGACAAGAUAAUCAAACUCCAGGCACUUCAUUCUCGUAAUGUACUUAGAGCGGGUACUGUGAUUGGUCAGUUCAAAUUUGAUGUUGGUACUGUGUAUCAGGCCCCAG